GUUGCCGUAUCAGUGAAACGGCGUUGACUGAUGUGUGAAAAUGGCAGAGAUGACGACAUUAGAGAGCCUGCUGGAGAUGGGCUUUGAAAGAAACAGAGCGGAGAAGGCGGUGGCAAACACAGGCAAUCAGGGGAUAGAGCAAGCCAUGGACUGGUUAAUGGAACACGAGAACGACCCGGACAUCGAUGAGCCCUACGUACCUCCUGUGGGGAACGUCCUGGGAGGAGAAGCAGAGAGUCCAUCCAGCACAGAGCUGCAGGCACUGGCCGACGCAGCUGAAGGUGAAGAGAGCGGCUACAUUGAGACGGAGGAUGGUGGGAGGCGACCGAUGACAGAGGAAGAGAAACGUGAACAAGUCAAAAGGCUAGAGGAGCUGAUGAGGGUGAAGCAGGCGGAGAGACGAGAGCGGGAGCGGGCGGAGGAGGUGGAGAGGGAGAAGCAGCGGAGGAGGCAGGGCCAGGAGCUGCAGCAGAUCCGCCAAAAGAUGCAAGACGACGAAAUGAAAAAAAUUGCCGACCAGCGCAGGAGAGAGAAGAUGGAGGACAAACUAGCAAGGCAAAGAGUUAAAGAGAGGAUUGCACGAGACAGAGAGGAGCGAGCACAAAAGUUUGGAGGUGCUGGACCCCCGAGCUCGACUGCGUCGUCUCAGCCCACCCCUCCCAGCCCAUCGUCACCCACCAGUCAGGGCCCUCCCCCCACCAAGAAGGAGUAUGAUGAGUCUAGGAUACAGGUACGUCUGCUCGACGGCUCGACCAUCAACACAGUCUUCAAGGCUCAGGAGCCUCUGGCGGCGGUGCGCGUCUACGUGCAGAUGAACGGAAACACACCCGAGGGCCAGGACUUCACGCUGCUCUCGCCCUACCCCCGUCACGUCUACACUGAACUGGACAUGGAGAAGCCCCUCAAGGAGCUGGGUUUGGUGCCUUCAGCUGUGCUGGUCGUCACCAAAAAGUAAGAAGAAGAGGAUCUGCUCUGUGAGCCUACCUCACCCAUCUCCACCACAUCGACACCUGGAACAGAGCCGCCACCUUCGAGCAUCGCUCGAGAAGCCAGUUAACUCCGCCCGGCCAUGAGGCCCAGUCCCGUUUCUCUUCCGGUCGAGAUAGAGAACUAAACCGUCGACCUGAUCAGCCUCUGCUCAGAUUUUACAGGAAGCAGUGAGUUUGAGUUUCAUCAGAGUGAAGAUAGCUGGCUUCUAAUUGAUACUGCUUGAAGGAGCACCGCUCACGGUUUCAACAGCACAUUUAAGUGAAAGAAAAGAAAAAAAAAAAAAAAACUUCCAAGAGCAAAAAUCGUUGAGUUUUAACCCGAUCCUUAGAUAGCAGAGAAAUCUUCACAAUGGAUCAUAAAGGGCCUUAAAUUAAAUCCCUUAAAUCUUCCUGAUUUUGUGACACUGUACUCUGCCAAUUUUUUUAUAAGUUAAAAUGUCAACAGCUAUUCCUGCACGGUCAAAAAUGGACUGAGAAUAAAGCUGACUUGGAGAACUGA